AGAAGAUCAUUCAUUUUAUUUUUUUUAAACAUUUUUUUUUAGCAAAACACAAGCUAUCUAAUGGCCGAGUUAGACGUUGGGAAACACUGUCAGGUUGAUUCUUGUAAUCUAAAAGAUUUCCUUCCAUUUGUUUGCGACUCCUGCAGUGGUGUUUAUUGUCUUGAGCACAGAAGCAGAGAGGCCCACUCAUGUUCAGAGGAGCCAGUUAAAAGGGAAUCCCGGACUACUGGUGAAAGCUUGAGUUAUCCAUGCUCAUUUGAAGACUGCAAGGGAAAAGAACUGCUGCCAGUUGUGUGUCGACAGUGUGAAAAACAUUUCUGUUUGGUCCAUCGUCAUCAAGAUGAUCACAAGUGUGAGAAGUUGGAGGUCCAAAAGCCUCGAAUGUCUGCCACCAAAGAGCUGGUGCAAAAAAUUGUUGAAUCAAAGGAUGGAUCUAAAAGCAAAGGGCGCAAAGGAGCGAAGAAUGCAGCCACAGCAGCUAAAGUAGCUCUGAUGAAACUGAAGCUGCAUGCUGCAGGAGAUAAGGGACUGCCACAGACAGAAAGAACCUACUUUCAAGUGUAUCUUCCGAAAGAAGCCAAAGAGUGCAGCAAACCAAUGUUCUUCUCGUCUAAAUGGAGUGUGGGAAAAGUAGUGGAUUAUGCUGCCUCUAUUGCCAGCCUCAAGAACAACAAUAAUGUACUGACAGCAAAGAAGCUGCGGCUCUGUCAUCCUCAGACAGGUGAGGCCCUACAAAUGGAUGACACCCUGGUCUCACUUCUGGCCCACCCAGAAACACCCCUUCAUAAUGGGGGUAAUAUUAUCCUGGAGUACUUAGACAAUGAGAGCCAAGGCCUUGAUGUUUUUGACUAUAUUACUUUGACAUGACCGAUCAACAGCAUGUAUGUUUUGUUUAUAAUUAUGUCAAAUAUUCUAUUGUGUAGUUGGAUUUGUGUUGUACAGCAUGAUCUGAAUCUGGUUUUUUAAAGCAAACUGCAUGUGGAUAAGCAGGACUUUUAGACAUUCAAUAAGCUUUAUUGGAUUUUGAAAGUACAGUGCAUUCAUGUUGUUGCAUUUCACAUCAGGUUACUAUAGACUUGACAAAAUAUUAGUUUACUAUACUUUUGUUAUUUGUUAAGAUCAAACUAUUUAAAGACUACUACCCUUUAAAGUGAACUUUUUUUUCACAAAUAAAUUUCUUGAAUUUGUU